AUGAUCACAUGAAAAUCAAACGAAUAUAUUCUUUAAAUACUGAGUCAGAUCUGAAAUAACAUAGUGUUUGGAGGUUAGCUUAAGAGAGAAGUGGGUCUUCCAAUAAUAUCAUUACAAUGUCGUUCUUCUCGAAGAAACCAACUGUUGAACAACAAAUUAGGAAAAAUGACAGAGAACUUCGUAAAACAGAGAGAGACUUGGGAAGAGACAGAGAUAAACUAGAACGAGAAGAAAAAAAGCUGGAACUAGAAAUAAAAAAAGCAGCUAAACAAGGUAAUAAGCAGGCAGCCACUGUUCUUGCCAAACAGCUAGUAAAUAUGAGGAAACAGCGGACGAAGAGUUAUUCAGUUGGCUCUAAAAUACAUUCAAUAGGUACACAACAAAAGGUGAUGCAUUCAAAUAUGAAGAUGGGUGCUGCCAUGGCUACAACAACAAAGACAAUGCAACAGAUGAAUAAGGUGAUGGAUCCAGUAAAAACAGCCAAAACCAUGCAAGAUUUCACAAAGGAGUCAAUGAAAAUGGAGAUGUCAGAGGAGAUGAUAAACGACACCUUGGAUGACAUUCUGGGCGAGUCCGGGGAUGAGGAGGAAUCUGACGCCAUUGUAACUCAGGUGUUAGACGAGAUUGGCAUUGAUAUGUCCGGCAAGCUUGCUGAUGCCCCGAUACAUAGAGGAAAGAUUGGAGAGGCAUCCAGUUCUAAUGCAGAGGCAGAUAUAGAACGACAAUUAGCAGCUCUCAAAGACUUAUAGUGAUAAAUAUCUACUAACUAAUUACAUUAUACACUUUUGUCAACAUAUCAUCAGUUUUAGAUGUGUUCCUAGAAAUACACUUACUGCUCAGUCGUAGGAUAGUUGAUGUUACUGCUGACAGUCCUAACUAAUUUGUCUCUUAGUAUGCAACUGUCUUCUAAUUGUAAAAUGAGGUGAUGAUGAAAUGUCAUACUAGACCAUGAUUACACCUUAACAGAAUAAUCAGGUAAAUUGGUGAAAUAGCUGAUUAUGGUCCACCUUCAAAGUGCCUCUGUUGUGAUAACACACCUAUAAUCUGCUCCAGGUCAGUAACCACAUAUACUUCGUGCCAUGUAAAACAUGUUGAGUCCUGCGUUUAAUUGACUCUGUUAAGAGAUAGAUUGUACAAUGUAGUUGAAAGAAAGCUGAUCCAUAAUAUUAGUGUCUGGUUAUGCCAAGUGUUGGGCCAAGUUUUUGUAUCUUUAGUAAAGUUAAUGUCACUUUUACAGUGACUUUACAUUCAAAUGAGGAACUCUAAACACAAAGAAACUUAAUGUGGUGGAUACUGGACAAAAUGUAACUUUGUGUGUAUUAAUAGAUUUCCCAUUAGUCCAUGUUUGACAAGUCUUGAGUGCUCACAUGUGCUAGAUAUGGAACUAUUAUGUUGAGUUGUAGUUCUUUGACUGAGUUAGACAUUUGGACUGACAUGAGGACUUGUGGAAGAGUUAUGUGACUCAGAGAUUUGGACUGGCCUGAGGACUUGUGGAAGAGUUAUGUGACUCAGAGUUUUGGACUGGCCUGAGGACUUGUGGAAGAGUUAUGUGACUCAGAGAUUUGGACUGGCCUGAGGACUUGUGGAAGAGUUAUGUGACUCAGAGAUUUGGACUGGCCUGAGGACUUGUGGAAGAGUUAUGUGACUCAGAGAUUUGGACUGGCCUGAGGACUUGUGGAAGAGUUAUGUGACUCAGAGAUUUGGACUGGCCUGAGGACUUGUGGAAGAGUUAUGUGACUCAGAGAUUUGGACUGGCCUGAGGACUUGUGGAAGAGUUAUGUGACUCAGAGAUUUGGACUGGCCUGAGGACUUGUGGAAGAGUUAUGUGACUCAGAGAUUUGGACUGGCCUGAGGACUUGUGGAAGAGUUAUGUGACUCAGAGAUUUGGACUGGCCUGAGGACUUGUGGAAGAGUUAUGUGACUCAGAGAUUUGGACUGGCCUGAGGACUUGUGGAAGAGUUAUGUGACUCAGAGAUUUGGACUGGCCUGAGGACUUGUGAAAGAGUUAUGUGACUCAGAGAUUUGGACUGGCCUGAGGACUUGUGGAAGAGUUAUGUGACUCAGAGAUUUGGACUGGCCUGAGGACUUGUGGAAGAGUUAUGUGACUCAGACAUUUGGACUGGCCUGAGGACUUGUGGAAGAGUUAUGUGACUCAGACAUUUGGACUGGCCUGAGGACUUGUGGAAGAGUUAUGUGACUCAGACAUUUGGACUGGCCUGAGGACUUGUGAAAGAGUUAUGUGACUCAGAGAUUUGGACUGGCCUGAGGACUUGUGGAAGAGUUAUGUGACUCAGAGAUUUGGACUGGCCUGAGGACUUGUGGAAGAGUUAUGUGACUCAGAGAUUUGGACUGGCCUGAGGACUUGUGGAAGAGUUAUGUGACUCAGAGAUUUGGACUGGCCUGAGGACUUGUGGAAGAGUUAUGUGACUCAGAGAUUUGGACUGGCCUGAGGACUUGUGGAAGAGUUAUGUAACUCAGAGUUUUGGACUGGCCUGAGGACUUGUGGAAGAGUUAUGUGAAUAUUAGAGAUUAGGGCUUUUUUACAAUUAUUUGAAAAAGAUUGAAUAGCUUGGAUAAGUUAUGUGCAAUGGGUUUGUGCUAGUGGCAAACAUUUCAUGGAAUUUUAUCAGGGUUAACAUUUUUUCUUUCAUUUUGAACACAUAUUACUGGUUCAAGCAGUUUGUAAGUUAUGUACCAGUGAUUAUUUUCGGGGUGCGUUUAUUGCAUGUCUUUGUUGAAAUGCCGACAUUGUGAUGUAUCUCCUUACACUUAUUUGACUAGUCAUUUCAAUUUCAAUUUCAACAAAUUUUAUUGACAAAUGUCAAAAGGAAUUGGACACCAGGCAUUGCCUAUUUAAAUCCUCUCCUUCAGGUGACAAUCUGUGGUAAACAAACAAACAAACAGACAUAUAUAUAUAUAUAUAUAUAUAAUUUUGUUAAAGAAAGACAUAAGGGGAAGUAACUCCUUAUUGUAAACAAAUUAGAUCAGGAUUACAUUAGGAAGUAACCCAAUGUUAUGUAUGAUCGCAUCUGUGUACUUACAGCAGCAGGAUAUUCCUCACAUGAUUGUAUGUAUAUAUAUUAACAACACAUAUUGUGAUGACAGUGACACAGUUGGUACAAUAUUUUUAAUAUGUUGAAAAAUUUGUUUCCUUUAGUCCUUUUUCAAUCUCUUGCUACAGUGGUAAUUUCAUUCCAAAAUAUUGAGAGGUUACAUACAAAAUUAAAAUCCAUAUUGAAGAUUUGUAAUUAAGUAAAAUUUGAUUUAACUUGUAUGUAUCUCUGUAAUUUUUGUUCAAAAUCUUAUAAAAAUAUUUAUCAUUAAAUUCCUCUCAGUACAUGGUAGACUUAAGGACAAAAUAAAAUAACAAGCUUUAUUGUAACCUACUGGUAUUGAUACUGGUUUAAAAUAACAUUUCUUUUUUGUCAUGACUCACUAAAAAUUGAUAAUUGAUAGCGAUAUUUUACAGUGUAUCAUAGUAUAUAAUGGGAUGGUAACUAGAACGUUGAUGACACUGUAGGAAAUCUUCUAUAAUAACAGUACAGUUCAGGUCUUGUUCUGUGCAUGUACAUAUAUAUUAUGACUGAGGUGAGUUCAGCCUCUUUUAAUAAAGUAAGAUAAUUUGAGAGAGAUCCAUCCAGCACUUCUUAAGAGAUAGUGUAAACAAAGAAGCAAACAAAGUAGGACAAUUUCCCUAUUUUCUUCUAUUCAUAUUGUGCAAUUUCACAUCUUGUAAUAUGUGUUACGGUAAAUGUUUUGUUUUUGUUUGUUUGCCUUUUUUUAAAAUUUUGGAUUUUAGUCAAAUCUGUCAAAUUCUAUUUUCAGCAUAAUGAAAAUUACUACAGGAAGAUGCACCACUGAUAUCAGGAAAUGUUAUUUUUACUCAUCAUUAGAUACAACAAUUUUUGUUAGCACUAUUUCUUGAGAAGCACUGGCUAGUUCUUUCUCAAAUUUUAUAUGUAGGUUUCCUUUGGCAUCUAGUUGUGGCCAUCAAAUUUUGGGACUGAUCAGAACAACAAAAUGGCCAACAGGUGGCCAUCUUAGAUUUUGACUUUGAAAGUUUGUUAUCACCAUCUCUAAAGAAGUAUUUGAUGGAUCUCUCUAAACUUUCAUGCUCCUCUUGGUUCCUUGUUGUGACUGUUCGAGUUUGGUACUGAUCAGAAAAAUAAAAUGGCUGACAGGCAGCCACCUUGGAUUCAAGUAAAGAUUGUUAUCCCUAUUUCUUCAGAAGUACUGAAUGGAUCUCUCUCAAAUUUUGUACAUAUGUUCCCUUUGGUCUCUUCUUAUACCUGUUAUAUUUUGGGACUGAUCAGAAGAAACAAAAUGGCUUCCAGGCGACCUUUUUGGCUUUGGCAGGUAAAGAUUAUCAUUGCUUUUUGUGCAAAGGAAUGUUCAAAUUAUUUAUCAUUAAGAGUAAAAACAGAGAAGAGAAGAGAAAAGAAGGGAAAUGAUCAUACUAUCAAAGAGCAAAUUAAGAGCAAACAAUGGUGGGUCCUUCUGGGAUCUCUUGUUUUUCUUUUGUUAUGGGUAUUACAAGUAAAAUUGUUCAUAAAACAAUUAUGUGCAUGUAAAUAAUCUUUGUUUUUUUUAAUGAUUUAAACUCAAAUUAUUGUACCUUGUUAUCAAUUUUGUACAUGUAUUGAUUUAAUUCAACAUAUUUUAUGAAAAUAAAUAUGAAAAAACUUGUAAUAUAAUGAGUACUAUUUCUAGUGAAGCUACAAGAAAAGAAGCCUAUAUGUAAUAAAUUUAGAAACCCUAUUUUCUAACAAAACUAGUGCUGGCAUUUUUACAAAUUGGAUAUUGCUAAAACAGUCAGGUUCUUUUACUGUACAAGACCACAGGAAUGAAUCGGGUCCUUUAAUAAAAUAGUUCUUUACAAGACCACAGCGAUGAAACUGGUCCACCAGUAAAACAUGAUUGUACUUGAAUCCAGCAAGUACAGAGCUUUCUGGAUAAAAUUGAUAGGACUGAUCAGUAUAGAUGUAGCUUUCUGCAUUGCUUUGAUGCAGUUUGAUCAAUGAAAGUAAACGAUUCUUGAUGAUUUUUGCUUGAAAGUGAUUGAUCUAAUUAAAGCUUCCUUGAUA